GAUUGAAGAGAAGGAUGGCUUGUGUAAGCAGUGGCAUGUGGGGAAUGGGCAUCAUGAGUAAUGCUAAUUCGAAUAGGUAUAAUAAUAAAUUUAGCAACAACCCAAGUUUAGUACUAAGUAGUAGCAAGGGUAAAAGAAGGAUAGUAGCAUCAGGUGAAAAGGAAUCAAGCAGCAUGGCCACUGAGAUUGCCGGAGUGAAGGUCAUUAACAACCCUCCCCAAUCUAAACUCACGGACCUCGGCGUCACCUCUUGGCCCAAGUGGGGUUGUCCUCCUAGCAAAUUCCCAUGGACAUACUCUGCCAAAGAGACAUGUUACUUGCUGAAGGGAAAGGUGAAGGUUUACCCUGAUGGUUCUAAUCAGGCUGUUGAGAUAGGCGCAGGCGACUUGGUUGAGUUCCCCAAAGGAAUGAGCUGCACUUGGGAUGUUUCUGAAGAAGUGGACAAGCAUUACAAAUUUGAGUAAAUGGGUUCAAUCACCAGAGCCUUCUUAUGUAUUGGAAUUUUCUUCCUUCACCAGAUUAGUGUAACGCUGCUGUGAUUUCUACAUUUCACUGUUAAGAGUUUGGAUAUGGUUGAGGUUUAUGUACUAAUUGGCUGUAUGCCUUAAUGAGAUAAAUUUUGGCUAUUAGCUAA